AUGCUCCAGUUCCUGCUUGGAUUUACUUUGGGCAAUGUGGUUGCAAUGUAUCUGUCUCACAACUAUGACAUGCCAAAACUGGCUAAAAAGCUUGAAGAGAUUAAAAAGGACCUGGAAGCCAAGAAGAAACCCCCUAGUUCCUGA